UCAGCUGUGUCCAAUCACAGCUGAUCACUGAUGAUCAGUGUGCCCUGAUGAUCAGUGUGGCCCCAGAAGUGCCACCUGUCAGUAUCCAUCAGUACCAGCUGUCAGUGCUGAACAGUGCCACGUGCCAGUGCCCAUCAGUGCCACAUCAAUGCCAUAUAUCAGUGCCUACCAGUGCACAUCAAUGCCACAUAUCAGUGCCCAUCUGAGCUGCCCUUCAGUGUCACCCAUCAGUGCCAGUCAGUGCCACCUAUCAAUGCCAAUCAGUGCCACCUAUCAGUGCUGCCAAUCAGUGCCGCCUAUCAG